UCAUUGUACUGAUUUAUUUGCAUAAAUUUCACAAUAUACAGAAUUCUCUUCAACAAAUUCUUUAUAAAUGAAUUUAAAUGAACAUAUAUUGGUUACUAACACCCUUUUAGUGAUUCUAAAUGAACAUAUAUUGGUUACUAUCCUUAAAAAAAAAUACAAGUAUCCAAUGGCAUAAACAACUUUGUAAAAUUAUCUAUAUUGAUUAUCAUUGGUUUUUCAGAAUUGAAAAAAAGGUUAGAAAUCAAAGGAAAAAAAUAGUCUUUCAAAUGAGAAAAUUCAAUCAAUUUUUUGAGAUCUUUAUUUACCAUAUAAAGUUAUUCAAUGAUAAAAAAAUGAAAUAUUAACUUUUUUGUUAGAGAAAUUUCAUUGAGUCUCUACCGAUAACAAUAUCCUAAUUCUUAUAAAUUAUCGGCGAGGAAUAUGGAAAAUGAAAAAUGAGAACAUGACUCUACAGUGCAACAUUUAAUUUACAUGUGCUAAGAGAAUGCAUUUGAAAGGUGCAGCUUGAUGGGAGAACUUUCAGCUAUACUCUGAGUAGCAAAGUAGCUUGAACAUAUAUCUUGGGCUCAUGUCUUGAAGUAUCACACGUUAUCAUUACUUUUGAUGUAUAAGGCUUGAUCAUGAUAGGUGUUGUGACUCGACCACCAGCUUAGCAAUCUUUCAGGAACCAUUUUGAAUUUUGAGUUCUUUAACUUAUAUAUCUGAUAGGAGAACAGACUAAUAUACCCCCAUAACUUAUAAGCCAUGCAUGGAAACAAAUAAGAAAAAUUGUUCUUAAAAAAAACAAAUAAGAUAACUUAAUUAAAGACAGCUAAUAAGAAGUCUUACUCCUUGUUUUGGGUCAUAUAAAGAGCUAUAAAUUAAUCUUCUUCAUCUUCAAUCAGUAGUCUUCCCAAAUGGAGGACCAAUUAUAAAAAUACUAGUACAUGACUUCAUUAAAAGUAUACUAUGAUUUGUAUUCUCCUCGUUCCAAUAUCCCUAAUAGUAUAUUGUUUAGAUUAAUAGUAUAAGCUUUAUUACUUAACGACCAGUAGUAAUCCAUGAUUCCUUGACAAAAAAAAAAAGUAAUCCAUGAUUAAUUUGGAAUCUUUGGACGUAGGUGCCGUGGGUUCCUUAAACAUAAAAACAUAGGAAUAUAGCCAUAUAUAAGUCAACAUCUUCCAGUCACCAUCCUCUCUAUCUCUCUUCUUGAUGCGCCCAUAUUUUUUGCUAUUAACAAUUCAUAAUCUCCACUUUUUCAUUCCAUCACCUUCAACAGAAACACCCUUUUAAAAUAUUAUAUAAUUCCACCCAAAAAGCUUUCAACUAAGGAAUAUUUCCUCCUCCUUCUCGCUCUCAUUUUCUCUCAUCGGCUCCAACCUUUUAAUUUAUCAAAUGUUUUCUCAAAAUCGCAGAACAUCAAGAAUCAACCAACUCAUGAAAACAAUCCUUAUUCUUGGUCUUCUUCUUAUCCCUUCUAGUUGCUGCAAUGGAGCAGGAACCACGAACGUAUUCAGCACGAGUUCACCACCCAAAGUACAAGACCACAGAAGUGUACAGUAUUGGUGGUUCUUGCCACAUCGUUUCCCGGUUCCAGGUUCUGGUCCUUCCAGAAGACACAAUGACAUCGGUUUAAGUACUACUAGUACUCGAUCUUCUCCUUGAAGGAACCAGGAUAAGAAUCAAGAAGAAACUUAUUGAAGGAGCAUGGCCCAGCAAACAAGCAAGAAUAAAUCGGUUUCAUUGAAGGAAAUGAGCAAACAAGCUUUGUGGAUGUAGCAAGAUAAAAUCUUGUAAUUACUUGGAUAUCUCAGUAACUUGCAUAGGUUCUUUACAGAAUAGUCUAGGGAAAUGGUACUUCAGAUUGCUUGA